AUGGGUAGUAAAAGAUCAGCAUUAAACAGAAUUAACGGUAAAGGACAAAAUUCUCAACGUGAAGUUAGACCUGAAGUAUUCGGAGAUAAUAUUGCACGUAAUCAAUUAAUUAAUAAUAAAGAGGUACUUGAAGAUGAUAAGAUUCGUUCGUCUAGGAAAAGAGGACAAUCCAAAUUAGAACUCAAGAAAGAUCAAGCAAGAUUAAGAUUAUAUGGUAGACGUGCAUCAGAGAAAAAUGUAAAGUCAAAACAAAAAUAUACUGAUAAAGAAUUAAAUAUACCAACUUUAAAUAGAAGUAUUAUACCAGGUUAUCAAAUUAAGAAAGGUAAAAAAGGUAAGAAGUUAAUUUCAGAUGACGAUACAUUGCUAUUAAACAGAUUGAUCAAAAGCAUUGGAGAUGAAUACGAUCAAACCGUCGAAAGUAAACUAGAGAAAGACAAACGAUUACAGGAAAUCAGAGACCUGAAGAGACAAGAAAUUGAAAGGAAAGAACUAGCAAAACAAAACAAAUUAGAAGAUAAAAAAGCAGAGAUAAAGAAUAAAUCGAAUGCCGCCAGAUCACUGCGUAGAAAGAAUCAACGUGAUUCCAAUAAAUUGCUAUCCUCAAAUGAACAGACAGCAAACAAUGAAAAUAAGAAAAAAAGUGUUUCUUUUGCUUGA